GUUGUUUUUUGUUUGCACGAAUGUUGACGAAUUGAAAAUUGCUUGCACAUCAUUUUCAUUCAUUAUUUUCUUUUCAUGCGAAACCGAAACAGGAAAAAAUCAUUUUCCAGAGGCCAGAGAAAAUCUAUGUACUACAUUUUCCCUGUUGAUCAGUUUUUUACUGUUUGAAAAGCAAGGCAACCAAGAGAAAAAUGGAUUUAGAUAUCGAUGAACAAAAAGUUUUCAGUGUUAGAAAACUGAGAAAAACUUUGAAUGUUUCAAAAACAAAAAGGUCGCGAAGAAAAUCAAUUAGACGCCCGCGAAAUACAACAAGAAAAUGGAAAGUGGCAGAGGAACUUGUGAUUUUGGAUUAUUUUCGAAAUGUUAUCCGACAGAAUCAAGAAAUUGAGAAACCAACAGCGGAUGUGUUCUAUGCGAAACUCAUUGAAGAUCUGAAGCUUGAAGACGCCUCACCAACGCAGACUAAAAAUAAAGUCCGUCAUUUGAGGGAUUCCUAUAUCAGAGCUGUGAAGUGGAUGCAACAAACUGGACAAGAUACAAGUAGCAGUUGGGUUCGUCAGUGUGUUCUUGAGAUUUGUACGCAUUAUGAUAUCUUGUCGGAAAUCUAUGGCGAUAAACUGGAUAUUGACUCAUCAAAAGUACAACCAAAGCACUAUUUUGAGACCAGUAGAGAUGCCGUAGGUGAGCCCAGAGAUGAAGAUUCCGGUCGGGAAUUUGUGAGCUAUGAACCUGAUAGCGAGAAUGAGAACGAGAAUUCAAACCAACUAAUGAAGCAAGAUAUCGACGAUGAUGAUGAGCCGCUACAACAGAGCCCUUCCAACAAGAAUGAGGGCAUAGGUGAUGAAUCUCUUCAUUGUUUCAAACAAUUCCUCUCAUCUACGUCAGAAGCUAUCAAUCGAGCAUUCCCAUCACCUGCACCCAGCUUAGCAUCGUCAGAGCCACACCGACCAAAGAAAGUUUCUCCAAAGAACGAAGCACAUUCGGCAUUUGAAGAGAAAUGGAAAAUCGAAGAAUUGAAACUGCAACAGGAAAGAUUACAGUUGGAAAAAUUGAAACAAGAAUGGCAAAGAGACAUUAAGGAAAAAGAAUUAGAAGUAAGACGAAAAGAAAUCGAAACCAAUGAAAGACUAAGGAUUUUAGAAAUCGAAAAGGAGGAACGAAUGGAGAAAUUUAAGAUAGAACAAGAAUGUAAGCUACAGCUGGAACUGGCUAGCAUUAAAAAUUCAGAUUCAAAGAGUAGUAGUUCAUAAGCUAAGUGUAAUUUUUGUGGAUAUGUACUUUAUAGCCGAAUUAGAUUUACUUAGGUCAUAUUAUUUAAUAACGUUCCAAUAAGAUAUAAUUUACAAGCAAACUAGAA